GACAGUAAACACACUGGGGAAACCAGCAACUAUCAGGGGAUUCUGUUUCAGUUGAACACACAGAAUAAAACUAAGCCUGGCAAACUUGGCAGCACACUCUAUACCAGGCUUUGCUACUAACGCAGCCGCUGUUUUGGGGACUUUGCAAUCAACGUGGCAUGGUCUCGACUUUACACAGCAGUAGCUGGUGUUUCAGAAGCUGAGAAUUAGGACUUGCUGGCUACAGCUGGUAUCUUUAGCCUUUGCCUUCCUAGUGGUGACAACAUAUCGCAUCACAGGGGAGACACAGAUGGGAAGCAGAUCAACUGGAUUCAGGAGAACCACCUCCGCCAGGUACCGGUUACCAGCAGCCAGACCUUUGGUGGACCUCGCCUCAUCCUCGUCUCCUUCUCUCAGCACCCCCCAGCAUGGGAAAGCUCUGCCUGCCAGUCAGGUCUUAGCACAACAGGCAGCCCGGGCCCGGGAGGAGGAGCAGGCAGCACUACGGAAGGACCAGGUUCGGCAGGACAAGAUCUGGAGGGAGUUUAUGGAGGCUGAGUGGAGGGGAAGAAAAUAUUGGUACCAGAAUUGGGGUUUCAUGAAGGACUAUGAUCCAAUGGGUAAGAAAAAGGAGCAGGAGCAACUGCCUGAGUAUAUGCCUGUGUUCUCAGACAACGUUCCCAACACCACCAACCAGACUAUCGGCAGUAGAAUGAACACUGAAACUGGCAAAACUCUAAUAAACAUGGAUUACUUCCUCAGCAGCGGAAGACAAAAGAAGAAACUUGACCAAGAGUUCCAGCCCUCCUAGUGUUAGAAAGAAAAUAUCCCUAACAAGAUAUGUGGCAGGAUUCAAGCUAACAAUCUUUUUAGAGUCUCACAGUAAUGAAGUUACAAAGCAUCAAAGCCUUUCCUGAUAUCACUGUAUUGCAUGACAUUUUUUCAUGAGCAAAGGUGGACCUUGUGCUUAAAAAACUUCUGGGGAAAUCCUCAUAAUAUUCGGAGUGAUUAGAAUGGAUAUAAACAUGUGCUGUUUAGAUCACAGGGUCCAAUCAUGCUCCCAUCAAAGAAAAUGGCAUUAACUUCAAAGGGAACAAGGUCACUGCCAGAGAAGAAACCCUAACCUAUCUAAGAUUGGUCACAAGAUCUUGCCAGAUGCAAGAUAACAUUAUAUUUUUAAUUUCAAAGUAAUCAUUGCACUAGAUAGCAGCAGUCCCUUGUGUUCCAUUUGUCUAGCUAGGGUUUUAUCAUACUCCCCAUCACAUCAAUGUCUGAACUUCUCACCAAAAGUAAAAACCAAGAUGAUGAAAAUCUCUGUUCUAAUUUUUCUCCCUACUUCUGUGGAAAUGGGUAAAAUUUUCCAUUUUUUAAAUUUGCUUUUUCCCCUCUCCUUCCUUUUACUGCUACCACUGCCCUCCUCUUUCUCUUCAUCUGAUUUAGUUGUGUCUGGGGGAACACUAACACAAAGAGGGUUUUACACUCUACUCUGGAGGCACUGGUAGUCAUUCUGAUCUCCUUCAGUGGUAAGUUCCAAGUUUUGGUUGCCCAGAAAACCUGGUCUCCCAUUCUUACAAGCUUCACCCUUGAGUUUAACAGAUUCAUAGUUCCUGAAGAAUGUCGUUGCCCAGGAAGAUCAUCAUCAUGUUGAAAGAGGGAGCAUUCUUUAAGAUAUCUAGAUUCAAUUCUAUGGAGGGGCUUGAAGGCAAGGAUGAAGACUUUGGUUUGACCAGGGAAUGGGAGUACAAUGCAGAGCACUGAGAUGAUGCGAAGAGGAUGGCUGUUUUCUGGACUAAUUUUAGCUGUUUAAGGUUGGAGUGCUCAGACCAAGGUGAAAAGGGCUUUAGCAAUCCAGCUUGAAGAUCCCAAAAGUAUGGAUCACUGUAGCAGAGUCAUCACCCAAAUACAAUAGGGCACAAUGCUCUAGCCAGACUUCAGUGGAAAGGCAUUUUUCUGUAGUUGCCUAUAUUUCAGACUCCAGCAGCAGGGGGCAGUCCAAAAGCACUGAAAAGGUGGGGAACAAUUUGACAACUGAGAGCUAGCCACCCUCAAUAGAAGGUGAGGUGAUGGGAUUUCAGCAAGGCAUAGGGACAGUUUGGAGCUGGUGCUCUCUGUGCUGGGGAGUAAAGGAGAGGUAGAGGGAGGUGCCACCUGCUGCCAUUUAAGACUAUGGCAACACACAGUUCCCCUAAUGGUUUCACCUAUGUUUUAAAGGCUGGAGAGAAAAUUGAUCCUUGUGGGAUGCCACAGCUGAGCUCUCUGGAGGAGAUGAAGGAACACCACAAUCUGCGAGCAUCCCGAAAGGAGGCCUGGCUCCAUUUCAGUGCUUUGCCAUUGACCCUCGAGGAGAUGCAGGAGUCUUCUAUAGUAAAUGGGCUCAAAACAACUGUAUAGAGUUGCACAAAGCAGGGGUGACAUAACCAUCAUUCUGUCCCCUCACCCUGACAGUCCAGGCUCUCUCCUGGGCCCAAGGACUGCUUCCCCUUCCUCCCCCACCCCAGCAUCUAACAGAGGUAGAGAGGAGACCAGGUGCUCCCCUCCCUCUACAAUGACCAGCACAGCUUGCUGGCUACAAAGGGGAACAAAUGCUGCCCCACCUAAGCACACAGAGAUGUGCUCAGCACUGUGUCCAAGACUAGUCUGUGCAGCUUGUAAUUUACAUUAUCUCCUUGGAAAUUAACGUUCAGUUUUGUGCUGUAAUUAGAUUUCUUAUCCUGAGAGAUACUGCGCAGCCCCAACUCCCAUUGAGGUAGGAGUUGCAUGCUGAGUUGCAGGUGGUCAGUAUCUCUCAUGAUCAAGCUCUCAUCCAGCCUCAUGUAAGAACAGCUCAUUUAUAACUAGGGCCCUACCAAAUUCAGGCCAUGAAAAAUGCAUCACGGACCAUGAAAUCUGGUCUUUUGUGUGCUUUUACCCUAUACCAUACAGAUUUCACAAAGACCAGCGUUUCUCCAAUAGUGGGUCCUGACCCAAAAGGGAAUUGCAGGGGGGUCACAAGGUUAUUUUAGGGGGGUUGAAGUAUUGCCACCCUUACUUCUGUGCUGCCUUCAGAGCUGGGUGGCCAGAGAACGGCAGCUGUUGGCCGGGCACCCAGCUCUGAAGGCAGCGCCCAGCCAGCAGCAGCGCAGAAGUAAGGUUGGCAAAACCAUACCGUGCCAGCCUGACUUCUGCGCUGCUGCCUUCAGAGCUAGGAGGCCGGAGCGUGGCGGCUGCUGACUGAGGGCCCAGCUUGCAGGCAGCAGCGCAGAAGGGUGGCAAUACCAUACCGUGCCAUCCUUACUUCUGCGCUGCCCCAACCCCCCCCCCCCCCCCACACACACACACAGCUCCUUUUUGGGUCAGGACCCCUCCAAUUACAACACCAUGAAAUUUCAGAUUUAAUUAGCUGAAAUCAUGAAAUUUACGAUUUUUUAAAUCCUAUGAUCAUGAAAUUGACCAAAAUGGACCCUGAAUUUGGUAGGGCCCUAUUUAUAACUCAUUCAGCAAAGAACACGGAAAGCACCUGAGGUUACAUGCCUAGCAACCUGCAGGUGGCACUCCAGACCAAACAAUCCCUUGGAAAGAAAACUAAGGGAAAGCAAUGUUACCCAAUGAUUUUUAAAAUGAACAUUCCUAUUGGCAGCAUGCCAGAUUCCCAGCGUGGUUACCUCUGUGUAAAUCCAGAGUAACUCCACUGAAGAGUUACUCCAGAUUUACACUGGGGUAGUAGAGUACAUUCUCUCUCUUUUUUAAAUUGGAUUAAAAGCAUCAAGCCAAAUAAUGCCACAGUAAUUUCAGGGAGGUGGGGAGGUUGCAGUGAAAGGUCAUACUGGUUUGUCUUUUUAAUUAAAAUGUUUUGGCUUAACUGAUGAAAACUAAUUUAUUUUGCGCAACUAUUUUGAUUUAUUGCUGGAAUGAGUUGCUGUGCAUCAUCAGUGUUAAAUCAGGCUACUCUGUUCAGAGGUCUUGACGUGAUGGAAAUGAGAGAAGGAACAUUUCACAUCUUUGCUACUUGGCAAUGGGAAAAAGCUGCCAAGUUCUUCGGGGCAAGUAAGGGAAAUGGCUUCUUUUCAGAACUGUGGCGUGUCAAUGAAGAUAUGGAAUGUGGGUAGAAAUUAGUUUUUAGCUCUAAGGGCCCGAUUCUGCCUUAGGGUGUACGUCUACACUGCAGUUGGGGGUGUGAUUGUAGCUCAGAUAGGCAUACCCGCUCUAGCUUUAAUCGAGCUAGCAUGGCUAAAAAAAAAUACUCUGGCACAGGCUGUACAAGCCUGCCUAGAAUCUGUCUGCCAAGCUAGCUAGUUUAAAGCUAGCAGGAAUGUACCUACCUGAGCUCCAAUAUUGCCUCCCCUUGCAAAGUAGAUGACCCUUAGGUACACAGUUGCAACUCUCAUUGAAAUUCUGUGCCUACGCACACAGAAAUUAGAUCUUGGUGUCUAAGGGAAGACUGGUGCACAGGAGAUUUAUACUUGAGGGGGGUUGAAAUUAGAGCUGGUCAAAAAAUUUCUGUAAAAUGGUAUUGCUGGGUUUUGACCAGCUCACAGAUUAACUGAAAUUUUUUGAAUACUUGAAAUUUUGAUCAUUUAAAUUACCCACAUUUUUUCUGCAUGGAUUUUAUCCCUAAAAUAUCUUUUCUACAUAUGAAUCAUCUCAACAUUUUUUUGAAAUUAUAUUUUUAAGUCUUUCUAUCUAGUUGUAAAUGUAACAAAAGUUUUUCUAAGAGCUUGAUUAUGGAACCUUUAUUCAUAUAAAGAAAAGGAGUAUUUGUGGCACCUUAGAAACUAACAAAUUUAUUUAUUUGAUGCAUCCAAUGAAGUGAGCUGUAGCUCAUGAAAGCUUAUGCUCAAAUAAAUUUGUUAGUCUCUAAGGUGCCACAAGUACUCCUUUUCUUUUCGUGAAUACAGACCAACACGGCUGCUACUCUGAAACUUGUCCUUAUUCAUAUAGUCCCCUUGAGGACAAUAACUACAUCAUUAUUCAGAGAAGUCGGGGCCAAUGUCCUCCCAGUAGCUCAGACUCGCAAGAAAUAAAAAUACUUUGAAAUUUCACACUUAUGCCUUCACAUCACACGUAUGCUCACAAAUCAUUGAAAUCCUUCUCCAGCAUAUUUCUACCAUGGUUUUGUUUACAAAUAGUGAUCCUGAUUCCGCUGUCUUUAUACUGGCAAAGCUCCCAUUGAAGUGCCACAUGGGGUCUUCUACUAAGUACUGGUACUGAUUGAAGCAUGUUUAUGAGGUACAAAGCAAGGUCCUAAUACUGCAAACAUUUAAGCACAGAAUUCGACUGCGACCUAUUGAUUUCAAUGGGACUACUUAACUUUACGCACAUGAAGUACGUCGAUAAGCGUUUGCAGGAUCAGGGCCGUCACUAUGUUACCAUUGCAAAAACCCUGGGUAAAAGCAACAGUAGUUCUACAGAAAAUCUUGGUAAGGAUACCUGGGAUUGUGCCAAAGCAUACAGGGAUUUUCAGCUUAAUCAUGAAAGUGCACAGCAUUAGAAUUAACAGUGCCAUGCAUUGUUGCCAGAUUACAAUAUUCCAGAACUUUGUUGCCCAGAUUCGAUGUGUGAUUAUGUUAAUACUUGACUUUCUGAUUAAGAUCAUUGAAAAGGGGAUUGAAAAUGGCUUUAAAAUGCUGUUAAGUGGCAAUUAGAUAUUAAUAGCUUAUUUCUGUCCCAAAGGUACUGAGCACUCACAACUCCUGUUGAAAUCAAUGCAGGCUACAUCAGCACCUUUGAAAAAUCAGGGCAUAAACACAUUUCACUAACAAAUGUCUGGAAGGGGAAAGCAAUUCCUUAUAAAGUAAAACAAAUAAAGGGCAGUACAGCCUUGAUAAUCUGAGUGAUGCAUGGACAUUUUGAAUAGAGCUGGAUAAUUUAUGUUGUUUAGUUGUAACCCAAAACUCUAGAAAACUACCAACCAGUAAAUAAAAAUCAGAGCCCAACAAUAUCCUACCUCACCCAUAUAUUAUCAGCCCUCAUCACAUCCUUCCUUUCAUGAAAGCCUGGUAAAAUAAGAUGGGCUGUGCAGUUUAUUCUGGGCUAUUUCAGGCCAGCUGGGACUUCAGAUUCUAAAGCUGAGAGCCCCUUGCAGAGAAUCCCCCACCAGCAGCCCCCUCUUUGUUAAUGUGAGGAUGCUCCUACUUGAGCCCCUAUGCUGAGUUCAAUGGCAACAAUGUCACAAAGGAAGAGUGGUGCUCUCUAGGGUAGGCAGGUGCUAAGUCAUGAAUCCUACAAUCAAAGCUAGCACCUAAGGCCUACCAAUAGGCAGCCAGAUCUAAUCAAGGAGCUCUUGUACAACAUGCCCAUGGUGAGAGGUCUUAAUCAAGAAGGCUGUUGCAUUCUAUACCAGUUUCAGUGAUCAAAUUUAUCUGAGGCAUAGUUCCACCUACUCUGCAGUGGUUCAGUCUAAAGGUAACAAAAGCAUGGAUGAUGGAUCCACACACCAGAGGAAUGAUUGCAACCGCCAAGCUAGAUGGAGAAAAGCAGUCUUGGCUCCUGCUGCUAUUUGGUCACUUUAGGGUAUGUCUACACCAGAAAUUAAGAUAUAUUUGGAAUGUGUUAGACAUAACAAUGCUAUCUUUAAUCUAGCUAGUGUGGGUAACAAUAGCAGUGAAGACAUGGUGCCUAGGACCCCAGCAUCGACCAGCAAUCUGAGUAUAUACCCAGACUCCCUGGUGGGCUUGUACUGGGGCAGCUAACCCAUGAGGUCGCAUCAUCAUUACCACUGUUACCUGCACCAGCUAGAUUAAAACUAGUGCAGGUAUGCACUUGAAGUACAGAUGUACCCUUUAAGAGUAGCUGGGGAAUCUAACCAAAACUGCAAACUGAGUUAACGACUGAGAAAAGACAGACACACACUCUCAUCACCAGGGCAGCUAUAAUCCUUACCCUAUCCACCGUUUGCUUCCCCAAAUCCAAAAUCAUUUCUGUCAUAUCUCAAGUAACCAUUAUACUCCUGGGCAAAUUCUGUGCCAGAAAAUUAAAAAAUUCUGCACACAAUAUUUUAAUAUUCUGCAUAUUUUAUUUGUCAAAAUAACACAAUAAAAUCAUGCCAAUUUCAA